GCCCCUCCCAUACAUCCACGCCGGGGCGGACGUUUCCUCCAUUAUGUAUCGCCGCAGCGACUCCGAGGCGGCCGGCUCGCCGCCCCGUGGAUACCCUAAAAGAUUGAACUCAACCCAAACCAUAUGCAUAAUUUAAUGUAGGGUUUCGUCUUCGACGGACAUCCUUGCUCUUCGCCCCUUGCUUUUCUUCUCAUGAUUUAUUCAAUCCCAUUGUUGAAUUAGGUCAUACUAUAAUCUAUAUACAUUUUCAAAUUUGGAAGAAUUACCGCUGAUUUUUGGGAAUGGUUCCAUUGAAGGACAUAGCGAGAGUGGUGAAUGGCUUAUCUCUGGUGGCUAAGGAGGCCAUCCGCCGCCCGUCUGCGGAUACCUUGAUCAAGGGCGCCAUUCUCUCUGCCACCGACGCCGCCGGCCUCACCAAAGGAAACCUCCGCACUCUGGAAAUUCCUCGCGCCGCCCAAACUGAUAAUAGUAAUCGUAAUAAUAGUCAUGGCAAUACAGGCAGCAGCGUAGUCUACUUUGAUAAUCACAAUCGUGAUACUGAUAAGGAUCGUGAUGUUUCCGAAUCCGAUACCCUGCCGUCGCCGGCUGUAGAUGCCGCUGUUGAUCUCCCUGUCGCUUCCACUUCCAAUCCAGAUUCACAUUCACAGAGCCAAUUCGAUGCUCCUUCUGCGACCUCAACGAGAGCCCCGUCCGCUUUAAUUGAUGUCGAUGCGAAUAGCCGCCGGAGGAAGCCUCGAGAGAGGAAAGUUCCUUCCACACCCUUCUCUAGAGCCAUUGGGUUUGCUGGACUUGGCGCUGGUCUCGCAUGGGGCACGUUUCAGGAAUCUGCGAAGAGAGUCCUCUACGGGACACCUGAAUCAGAAAACAGUCAGCAGGCUGUUUCCCCUUUCUUGUCUGAGAGGAACGCUGAGCGUUUAGCUCUUGCAUUAUGCAGAAUGCGUGGAGCUGCUCUCAAAUUAGGCCAAAUGUUAAGCAUCCAAGAUGAAAAUCUUGUACCUGCUCCAAUCUUGCAAGCUUUGGAAAUUGUUCGUCAGGGUGCAGAUCGGAUGCCAAAGAAUCAGCUCAAUCAGGUUUUGGAUGCUGAACUAGGUUCAGACUGGUCCUCCAAGUUGACAAGUUUUGACUAUGAUCCAAUGGCUGCAGCAAGUAUAGGGCAGGUCCACCGGGCUAUCACAAAGGAUGGUGUGGAGGUUGCAAUGAAGAUUCAGUAUCCUGGAGUUGCAGAUAGCAUUGAAAGUGACAUCGAAAAUGUCAAACGACUACUAACUUAUACAAAUUUAUUACCAGAAAAAAUGUACAUUGACAAUGCAAUGAAGGUAGCGAAAGAAGAACUUUCUCGUGAAUGUGACUAUGAAUUGGAGGCCAAAAGCCAGAAAAGGUUUCGUACUUUGCUGUCCAAUGCAGAAGGAUUUUAUGUUCCAUUUGUAGUGGAUAAUUUAUGCAGUAGAAGAGUUCUAACUACAGAACUGGUACCUGGAAUUCCAAUUGAUAAGGUUGCAUCGCUGGAUCAAGAGACUCGCAAUUAUGUAGGGACAAAGUUACUUCAGCUUACAUUGAUGGAGUUAUUUAUCUUCCGUUUCAUGCAGACUGAUCCUAACUGGAGUAACUUCUUAUAUGAUGAGACGAAUAAAUCGAUCAACCUUAUAGACUUUGGAGCAGCAAGGGACUACCCAAAAGAAUUUGUAGAUGAUUACCUAAAGAUGGUAAUGAGUUGUGGAAACAGCGAUAGAGAGAUGGUGAUUGAGAUGUCAAGGAGGCUAGGAUUUCUGACCGGAAUGGAAUCAGAGAUAAUGGUUGAGGCUCAUGUGCAGGCAGGGUUCGUGGUGGGGCUGCCGUUUGCAAAGAGGGGAGGGUACGAUUUUGGAUCGACGAAUAUCACUCAAAGCAUUACAAAUCUGGGGGCAACGAUGCUGCGGCACAGGCUCACACCCCCUCCGGAAGAGGCCUACAGCCUUCACCGCAAGCUUUCCGGUGCUUUCCUCGCUUGCAUCAAGCUUCAGGCUGUGGUUCCUUGCAGAGAACUGCUGCUUCAAGUCUACGACAAUUAUCAGUUUGGGAAUUUAAAUUAAUUCUCUUCAUACUAUUCAUUUUGAAAUUUAUAUUCCUAUAUUGGUUUGGGAAUUUAAAUUAAUUCUCUUCAUACUAUUCAUUUUGAAAUUUAUAUUCCUAUAUUGGAUUAGACAGGAAAAGUCA